GCGGCAACUGCAGCCCUGUCUUGAACUAGCCUAGCGGCUUCAGCCACGAGCGGAGAGGCGGCGGCAGCCCCCUUCAAGAGACAACCAGAUCACCCCUUCCCAAGGCCUCGCCAUGGCGACCUAUGGGCAGAGCUGCAUGAGGCCAAUGUGUAUUCCUCCAUCAUAUGCUGACCUUGGCAAAGCUGCGAGAGAUAUUUUCAACAAAGGAUUUGGUUUUGGCUUGGUGAAACUGGAUGUGAAAACAAAGUCAUGCAGUGGCGUGGAAUUCUCAACAUCUGGUUCAUCUAAUACAGACACUGGUAAAGUUACUGGGACCUUGGAGACCAAAUACAAAUGGUGUGAGUAUGGUCUCACUUUCACAGAAAAGUGGAACACUGAUAACACUCUGGGAACAGAAAUCGCAAUUGAAGACCAGAUUUGUCAAGGUUUGAAACUGACAUUUGAUACCACCUUCUCACCAAACACAGGAAAGAAAAGUGGUAAAAUCAACUCUUCCUACAAGAGGGAGUGUAUAAACCUUGGUUGUGAUGUUGAUUUUGAUUUUGCUGGACCUGCAAUCCACGGUUCUGUCGUCUUUGGUUAUGAGGGCUGGCUUGCUGGUUACCAGAUGACCUUUGACAGUGCCAAAUCAAAGCUGACAAGGAAUAACUUUGCAGUGGGCUACAGGACUGGAGACUUCCAGCUACACACUAAUGUCAAUGAUGGGACAGAAUUUGGAGGAUCAAUUUAUCAGAAAGUGUGUGAAGAUCUUGACACUUCAGUAAACCUUGCUUGGACAUCAGGUACCAACUGCACUCGUUUUGGCAUUGCAGCUAAAUAUCAGUUGGAUCCCACUGCUUCUAUUUCUGCAAAAGUCAACAAUUCUAGUUUAAUUGGUGUGGGCUACACUCAGACUCUGAGGCCUGGUGUGAAGCUUACGCUGUCUGCUCUGGUAGAUGGGAAGAGCAUUAAUGCUGGAGGCCACAAACUUGGGCUUGCUCUGGAGUUGGAGGCUUAAUCCAGCUGAAGAAACCUCUGGGAAUGGAUAUUGGAAGAUUUGGCCUUAAUAUAUUUCCAUUGUGACCAGCAGGCUUUUUUUUUCCCCUCAAGAAGGUGAUCAAAACAAAGGAUGAUCUAAACAAGAGCUGCAUUUUAAAUACUUAGACAGUUACUUGUUAGCUGGUUUCUAGUUGAAUUGGUUAUCUAGUUACCAAUGCUGCAGUCUUGCAGUCACCUAUACAUUAUUUAAAUGUAUUUAACUGUUAAAUGCGCUACCCACCAAUAAUGAAAUAGACCUUUAUGAAAACUGUG